CUGGCUUACUCGCUAUAUUAAUUGACACUUGAAUGUGUUGAUGAGACUGUUUCGACACAAGAAGCCGUCAUGUCUUCAACAUUGGCCCUCCCUCUUUUAAGCUUGGAGCACUUGGUAAUCGAGUUCAAUGCUCACCCCUUGGGCUAUACUCUGACAGUCUUACUUGUCGCCAUUUUCACAUACAUCUUUCUCUCAGACUCGGCCUCGAAACAGCCACCGCUUGUUAAUCAGGCCAGCUCGUUAUUUUCGCUUGGUAGAACUAAGAGAGCUUUCCUUACCUCAAGCAAAGACAUCUUGGACAAAGCCCGGACACUUUACCCUGCACAGCCCUACCGGGUGACUAGCGAUCUGGGAGAAGUCCUCGUCCUGCCGCCUGAAUUAGCCGAUGAGAUUCGCAACAACCCAAAAUUGAGUCUAGCCACGGCUACAUACAAUGACCUGAACGGAGACCUUCCUGGAUUUGACAUAGCAAAGAUUGGUAGCCACGGCGAUGCGAUCCUCCAGGCAGUCAUCAAGAAGCAGUUGACCAAGUCGUUGGUCAAGACUUCUGAACCAAUGUCGGAAGAGGCCGCAAGAGCCGUAGCAACCAACUUGGGGUACUCUCCUGAAUGGAAAGAAAUCAAGCUGAGACCGGCAGCCUUUGAUAUCGUCACCAGAGUCACUUCGCGAGUGUUUGUUGGUGAAGAACUAUGUCGAGACGAGCAUUGGCUUAGAGUCACCCAGGAUUACGCCAUGACGGUGAUCGUCGCUGCUACCAAGCUCCGGAUGUAUCCCAAGUUCUUGAGGAAGUUUAUCUACCGAUUUGUUCCCGAGUGCAACAAAGCCCGCAGCCUCAUUGACGAAUGUAGGAGAGUUGUUAUGGCCGUCAUUGACGAACGAGAAGCUGCGACAAAAGCCGCACUCCAAGCCGGAAAGCCGGUACCGGAGUGGGACGACGCUAUCAGCUGGGCAGAGCAUGAAGCUUUGACCAGAGGAACAAAGUAUGAUCCCGCGGUAUACCAGCUCACACUGUCCUUUGCAGCGAUUCACAGUACAUCUGAUUUACUGGCCAAGGUAAUGCUAGACAUAGCGACUCAUCCAGAAAUUAUCGAACCGCUUCGUCGCGAGAUUUCCGACUCUCUUCGGGGCCAGGGUUGGAAGAAGGGUUCUCUUUACAACAUGAAGCUUCUCGAUAGUGUCAUAAAGGAGACGCAAAGGGUGACGCCCCUUCUUCUCGCUACGAUGCGUCGCCGCGUCGAAGGGAACGUGGUGCUUUCCACUGGACUCAAGCUAAAGCCAGGCAUGCGCACUAUAGUAGAAACCUCACGAAUGAGGGAUCCCGACAUCUACAAUGACCCCGACAAGUGGGACCCCUACCGGUUCUUCAACUUGCGCUCCGAUCCAGUCAAAGGUGAGCAUGCCCAGCUGGUAGCCACUGGGCCUGAUUACCUAGCCUUUGGCCAUGGCGAGCAUGCUUGCCCUGGUCGCUUCUUCGCCGCGCAUGAACUCAAGGUUGCCGUGUGCCAUCUGGUGAUGAAGUAUGAUUGGAAACUAUCUUCAUUGCCGCAGUCGAAGACAAUGUUGAGCGGGUUCAGCUGUUUCGUUAAUCCAACUACCACCUUGAUGGUACGCAAUGCGAAACACGUCGAGAUCGACCUGGACUCAAUCUGACAGUACUGCUUUGUCAAAGAGGUUAGGGUCUGUUUUUACAAUGAAUCAUUCUGGAUACUACUCAGUUGGCCCGUAUUACAUAUAUACUGAAGCCAAGAUAAAUUUAC